AUGACGGCCAAAAAUCAAGAAGCCUCCAUCAAGAACAUGGAAAGACAAAUAGGUCAGCUCUCUAAACAUUUUGCAACAGAGAGGCUAUCAAGUUCCCUGCCAAGUGACACAAUUCCAAAUCCUAAGGAAGAGUGUAAGGCGAUUCAGUUAAGGAGUGGGAGAACAUUCAUGAGCAACAAUGACACUACAAGGAAACAAGUGGAGAGCAGCAAAAAGCCAACAAAUGCAGAGGAAGCCAAUGAUCAAGAUAUGGUGCCAAACAAGAACAUAGAGAACCCCAAAGGAGAAGAAGACCAGCCAAUCAAUACACAUAAAGAAGAAGAAGAAGCGAUUCAAGGACAACAGAAAAAGGAGAAGAACCUCACCCCUCCACUACCAUAUCCACAUAGGUUCAACAAAGAAACCAAAGAUCAACACUUCGGCAAAUUCCUGGAAAUUUUCAAGAAGUUGGAAAUCAACAUUCCCCUGGCUGAGGCAUUGGAACAGAUGCCCUUAUAUGCCAAGUUCUUGAAGGAACUCAUCAACAAGAAAAGAAGCUGGCUGGAGAAAGAGACUCUUGGCAUAGAGAAGGUGAAACCAAUACAGAUGUCAUUAGAAUUGGUGGAUCAAUCAAUAGUACAUCCCAAGGGUGUGAUUGAAAACCUUCUAGUCAAGGUGGACAAAUUCAUAUAUCCUGCAGAUUUUGUGGUUUUAGAUUCAGAUACGGAUGAAAGUGAUUCCAUCAUACUUGGGAGAACUUUCUUAGCCACUGCUAGGGCUAUCAUAGACGUAGAGCAAGGAGAAUUAACUCUCAGGAUGCAUGAGGAAAGCAUUAUCCUGAAAGUGUUUCCAGAACCACAAAUUAGUGAAGAGGGAAGCAAGGUAGUCAGUGACUGUUUGCCAAAGCAAGCAACCAACAACACAGGGGAGCAGAAGAAUGAGCAUGUGCAAAGAGGAGAAGGAAUUCAAAAAGGAAUCAGAUGA